AUGUUCUUCCCGAGUUCCCAAUUCAGAUCCCUACUCUCAAUAUGUUAUACGAUUUUUUUCAUCCCGUCAACGCUACUAUUCCUUUUGGCAAUCUAUUUUGUUCUCUAUCAGAAAUCGUUGGCCUCAAACUAUUACAAGAAAGUUAUCGUCUUUCAACUGGUUUCCGCCUUCAUCGGCGACAUUAUGAUUUCACUAACUCGUCCGAUUCUUCUAAUGCAAAUACGAAUUGUAAUCUUUCAAAUGAACUGGGAUCUUCCAUUUGUAGGGAUUGUGAUCGUUCUUGCCGGAUACAUUGUGUCAAUAUUUUUAAGCUACGGUUGCUUUAUGAAUGGUUCUUUAUACAAGAUUAUCACUCUUUAUUCCCUUCCAUCAUAUGUCGCAUGGUUGCUGAAUGCCUAUUUUCUCGUGAUGAUCGGAAAGUGGUGGGAUUUGGUUCUGGGAAAGAAUGGUUAUCCGGUCCCCACCGUUGACGCCACCGUUGACGCCACCGUUGACGCCACCGUUGACGCCACCGUUGACGCCACCGUUGACGCCACCGUUGACGCCACCGUUGACGCCACCGUUGACGCCACCGUUGACGCCACCGUUGACGCCACCGUUGACGCCACCGUUGACGCCACCGUUGACGCCACCGUUGACGCCACCGUUGACGCCACCGUUGACGGU